CCUCGCUCUCUCUUACUCAGAUACUUUCUGUGCGCUGCUGUCUGGAGCUUGUCGCUGUGCCUACAGCCUCUGGGCAGGGACUGCUCUGCUGGAGUAGACUGGCACAGGGGGAGCGGCUGGGGUUGCAUUGUCUGGCACUGUUAAACCAGGUCACCCAGCACUGACCCAUUGGACCUGCACACUGAGCUGUAUUCUUCUGCGUUUUCUGUUCGGACCUGCUGGUGCUGCUCGGGUUUGCGAUUGCCCAAGCUUGCUCUGUCUAGAUCUCAACACUGGCCUUGCGGACGCUGUUCAGACGCUUUAAGGGGAUUGGGGGGUGCCUGUCCCGUGUUAAACCCUGAGAUGGAUCACAGCGUUACCCCUGCAGACCCCCGAGUGAGGGUGCUCCUGGCUUCACUGCUGAAAACCAAAAUCCAGCUGAUUCGAGAGGAUCCCCACGGCUGUGAUGGAGUGAUUGACAACGCUGUUGCCAUGGAGAACUUGAACAGGAACUUGACAGAGCACGGCCGACAGACACACCAGAUUCUACAGGGCACCCCUCUGGACCUGAUUGAGACGGGGAAGGGGCUGAAGGUGCAAGCAGAGCGCCCCCACCUGGUGAGUCUAGGAAGUGGUCGCCUCAGCACUGCCAUCACACUGCUGCCCCUGGCUGAAGGACGAACUACAAUUGGCUCUGCUGCGAAAGAUAUCAGUGUGCAGGGCCCGGGCAUCGCUGGCCAGCACUGCUACAUCGUGAAUCAGAACGGGGUCAUCACGCUGCACCCCUGCGGGAACCCCUGCUCCAUCGACGGCAUCCCUGUCACCAAGCCCGUCCGCCUUACACAAGGGUGUAUGCUGAGUUUCGGACAGUCAACCUUUUUCCGGUUCAACCACCCGGCUGAAGCGAUCAGGAUGAAGAGUAUGAUGCCAGGGAGUGGGCGGAGCCCCGCGGGUCAGUACGGGGUCAACACGGAUGCAGAGAGCCUGGUCAAUGGAAACCACCAGCUCGGGCUGCUUGACUCCCGCGGUAGCCCUCGUGAGAGGCUCAGGCCUGGCCACAGCUCCCUGGUCAGCUCCAUUGAGAAGGACCUGCAGGACAUCAUGGACUCCUUAGCAAUAGAGGACCCACAGGCUGCCUGCUCCUCGUCCCAGCAGAGGAAGGCUUCCUCCAGUAACCCCCUGGCUCAGUCCCCCUUGUCUCCUGUGGUAAACGGGGGUGGACGUUACCUGCUGUCCCCUCCGAUGAGCCCCGGUGCCAUGUCUGAGGGCUCCAGCUACGAGAACACCUCUCCCCCCUUCUCUCCCCUGUCCUCCCCUUCCGCGGCCAGCUGCGAGAGCUACACCAGCCCCUCUCCCAGCGGCCAGGAUCAAGUCCUACCCUUACCCCCUGUGCCUGUGCGAUCCUCCAGCUACAACCACGCAGUCCAGCCGCCCAUUCCUAUGCCCAGAAGCACAGUGCCAGGGCCACAGAGGGUGUCGGAGAGCCCCAGGCUACAGAGAGGGGCGUUCCUGGAGGCCCCUCCAAGCCCCACGUUGAGCCGGAGGUCCCAGGAGAUCCCCAGGAUAGCUCCGGAGAGCCCCAGGAUGGCUCAUCUGCCUUCCAUUCCUGGAGAUUUCGGGUCUUCCGGGUGGAACCAGGUUGGCGCAGUCCCGGGGAGCCCCAGACUGACCCCCAAGCUGCACCACGCCGCCCCAUCCAGCCCCAGAACCAAAUCGGGCACUCUGCUCCAAGAGAGGUCAUCCAGCCCUUUCCGGGAGCCGCCAGCUAUCGACCGCAUGCUCACUGCCAGCCCCUCCAGGCAGCUGAGCCAGAACGCCAGGGCCUUCCAGCACCUGGAGCCGGGCUCUGGCUUUGUGCACAUCAGCCCCGGAGCUCCGCAGCCGCACCCCAGGACUCUGCAGCCCCCGGAGAGCCCCCGUGUGGGGCGGCGCAUCCCGGAGAGCAUGCGUGAGCUGCCCCCUCUCAGCCCCUCGCUGUCCCGCAGGGGAAUGGCCACACCUCUGCCCGGGCCGUCGCCCAUCCUGAGGGUUCCGGAGGCUGGGAAGCUCUCGGUGCCGGAGAGCCCCAGGUUGCGCCGCAAAGCUGGCUCCCCUCCGGAAGAGCUUCACAGUGGGGCAGGCACCGCCAGGCCACGGCGAGCGCGGAGCCCUUCCCCGACCCUCCAGCAGGGGGUGGACGGCGGAGGCAUCAGGAAGGCCAGCUACGGCAAUGCCCUCUCACCCGCCUACAGCCUGGGCUCCCUGCCAGGGUCCUCUCCGCAGCCCAGCCCCCGCACGCACAGGAAGAUGUCAGGGGGUGCCGGAGAGCUGAGGCCCUCCCACCCUGGCAUGCGUGAACGCAAGAACAGCAUCACCGAGAUCAGCGACAACGAGGAUGAGCUGCUGGAGUACCACCGUCGGCAGAGAGAGGAGCGACUGAGAGAACAGGAGAUGGGGAGGCUGGAGAAGCAGCGUUUGGAGACGAUCCUGAACCUGUGUGCCGAGUACAACAAGGCUGACUCGGUGCCGGGGGGAAGAAGCGGGGAUGAGCCUGGCAGGGAGAGAGCCUUCCCUGGGGAGGGGGCCGGCAGGAGGCCCUCCCUGGACACCCAGACUCGCAGGGGUGCGCAGAGGCAGCGGGAGAGCGAUGAGGAGAACCUCAAAGAGGAGUGUAGCAGUACAGAGAGCACGCACCAGGAGGUGAGGACAGCGAGAGACAGGGACACACAGGAGCACGAGGAGUCCUCUCUAGGGGGCGCUGCAGUCCGGCAGGAGGUUUCCUAUCUGGAGGAAGAGCGUGUGCGGGUGCUGUCCCGCAUCGAUGAGCUCAAGAACAGAGUCACUGAGCUGGAGCAGCAGCUGCAGGAGUCCAAGCAGGAGGCGGAGAUGGAGCGUGCUUUGCUCCAGGGGGAGAGGCAGGCUGAGCUGGAGCAGAUCCACACAGAGAAGGAGAUCAUCAUACAGCUGCAGCAGAAACUGAGCAAGCUGGAGAGCGGAAUACAGCGUGAGAAAGACCAGGAAAGGGCAAAUGUUGAUGCUGAACGAGAAGCUCUAGAAAGGCUCCAGGACGCUUUCUCUGAGUUGAAGAACCAGCUUCAUAACUGCCCCGAGUCACUGAGGGAGCAGUUACAGGACCAGCUCAAAAGGGAAGCAGAGACCUUGGAGUCUGAGACCAAGCUGUUUGAAGACCUUGAGUUCCAGCAGCUGGAGAAGGAGAGCCGUCUGGAGGAGGAGAGAGAGACCAUCAGCCAACAGCUGCUGCAGGAGAAGGCAGAGUACCACAGCAACGUGGCCAAGAGGAAGGAGAAGGUGGCCGCUCUAGAGAGCCAGGCCAGUCAGCUGGGACUGCAGGCAGCCCAGGAGUGUGAGAGACUGGCCAAGGACAGGAACCUGACUGCUCAGCUGCUGCACAAGGAGAAGGAGAGGCUGGCCAGUCUGGAGAAGAGAUACUUCAACCUGACAGGAGGCAGAAGCUUCCCCAAGAGCUCCUCCACCAUGAAAGAGGAAGUGCUUCAUAUCCGCGAGCCUAACGACCUGUUCGAGGAAGCCCACUCCCAGCACCCCCUCCCGGGACUCACUGCUGCUUUGCCUGCUUCAUCCUCGCAAAUCUGUCCCAAGGUGCAAGAGGAGUACAUGAAGCUCUCUGACGUGUUUAAGAUGUAUGGGGACAAUCACUGUGAUGCCCGCCGCUCCACCACAGCUCAGCUCAGCCUCUCGCUCGCCGUACCUCCAGCUGCACACGAGGAGUACGUGACGGUUGGCCAAUUAAACGAGAUCUUCGGGAGGUCAAAGGUUGAGUCUGCCCAAUCGUCCUCCUCCGCUAUCCCAUCGUUCCACUCUGCGGCUGCUGCCUGCUCCUCCUCCUCCUCGCUUGCCCCUGACCCUCAGUCCAAGGCUAUCUCUCUCUCUCUUUCAGCUGAGGCUGCUCAGAGGGGUAGGCCUCAGAUCCCUGCUCUUGAUUUAGAGCAGUGGUACCGGGAGAUCAUGGCCUGUGGGGAGGAGUCUCCCUCCUCCUCUCCCCCUCACAUCCCCCCUCCUCUGCCGGCCAAAUCUCUGUUAGCUCGCAGGCCAGUGCAGAUGUACCGCUCGAAGGUGGACAGCGAUUUCAGCUCCACGUUGCCAAGCAACAAGACUGGCUCCGCCCCUUCAGCGCAGUACAGCGCCUCAACACUAGGGCGCAGCACCCCCACCAAGGGCCCCCUGCUGGUCUAUAACAACACAGGCAGCCUGCCCCGGAACCUGGCCGCUACGAUGCAGGACAUUGAGACCAAGAGGCAGCUGGCUCUGCAGCAGAAAGACCCCUCCAGCGCAGAGACCCCCAAAGGUCAUCAGGUGAUCGAGGAGCAGCGGCGCAGGCUGGCCGAGCUGAAGCAGAAGGCUGCAGUGGAGGCGCAGUGCCAGUGGGAGGCGCUGCACAGCUCUCAGACGCACCUCCCCGGGCCGGUGCACCACUCCAUCCUGCACCACCGCCCCCCGCAGAGCGGAGAGCCCGCCUACGACACGCUGAGCCUGGAGAGCUCUGACAGCGUGGACACCAGCAUCUCCACGGGCAACAACUCGGCCUGCUCGCCAGACAACAUGUCCAGUGCCAGCGGCCUCGACGUAUCCAAGAUCGAGGAGAUGGAGAAGAUGCUGAAGGAGGCUCAGCUGGAGAAGGCCAGGCUCAUAGAGACACGGGAGCGGGAGUCUCAGACCCGCAAACAGAUGCUGGACGAGGAGCGGCGGCGACGGGAGGAGCUGGAGAAGAGACUGCAGGAUGAGACGGUACACCGGCAACAACUCGUGGAGAGGGAGGUGAAGAUGAGAGAGAAAAACUUCUCACAGGCUCGGCCGCUGACCCGCUACCUCCCGAUCCGCAAGGAGCAGUUUGACCUGCGCUCGCACAUCGAGUCCUCCGGGCACAACGUGGAGACCUGCUACCAUGUCAUCCUCACCGAGAAGAUGUGCAAGGGCUACCUGGUCAAGAUGGGCGGCAAGAUCAAGUCCUGGAAGAAGCGUUGGUUCGUCUUCGACCGGCUCAAACGAACCUUCUCCUACUACGUAGAAAAGCACGAGACCAAGCUGAAGGGAGUCAUUUACUUCCAGGCCAUUGAAGAGGUUUACUACGAUCACCUCCGCAGCGCGUCCAAGAAAGGAUUUUUCAAUCUGAAUUUGGUGAAUAUCACAGAGCUGCUCCCAGCUCAGUUUCGGAGAGAGAGCCCAAACCCCUCCCUGACGUUCUGUGUCAAGACUCACGACCGGCUCUAUUACAUGGUGGCCCCCUCUCCGGAGGCCAUGCGGAUCUGGAUGGACGUCAUAGUAACAGGUGCCGAGGGAUACACGCAGUUCCUGAACUGAGGAGGAGCUGUGAGCUGGGGGUCACUCCUCCACUGGAGCCCAGCUGCUGAGUCUUGGACAGCUUGAGCAGAGAUGCAGACUGCUACAGAUUCGACAAGUUUUUUUUUUUUUAUAUAUAUACAUCAGGAACUUUUUAAAGUUUUUAUAAUAACAAAAAAAAAAGACUUUGUUUUGCUUUUUAAGGGAGGACCCAUGACUGGAUGUCUCGGAAUGCAACUAUAGCAAAUCUAGGCCCAGGGUUUCAAAGCCUGAAGAAAGGACUAGGCCGCUGAUGUCGGUUGUCAAGGGAGAUUUUUUAAAUUUCAUUUGUAUUCUUUUGGAUAGUUUAAGUCUCCCUUAACAAGAAUUCACACACUGUGACGCUACAUUCUUUUGGGACGUUUGCUGUUAAUAAGCUAUUUUUUGUUUUAAGUUCCUCGUGGAUAUGAAUAGCCAACCUAUGAUGUAAAGCCAAUUUAUUUUUCAAGUAUAUAGACGAUGUUCAACUGGAUUAUUAUACAAGCAACUGAAACAGACGGACAGGGAAAGAGGUGCCAAACCUGGGCUGCAGAGACAAGUUUUUUCCAUGGUACCUAACUUUUUUUUUUUCCAAACAAAGAACAUUUUUACUAUGAAAAUCAAAAAUCCUAUUUAUUAAAGCAGGAGGGCAGUAUAUAUUCCACCAAAGCAGACACACGUUUGGAUGUGCAGCGGGUACUUUUUAUAUAACCCAAGUAAAUAAAUAAAAAAAAAAAAAUAGUAACAUGACUUUUAUAGAAAUUCUGUGCGACAGGGUUCACUGUGUCAGACUCACACACACACAGUGUUUAUGAGGAUUUUGCAUUGACUCUUGUACAGUAUAGUGCAGAUUUACUAUUCAAAACUUCAGAGGGGCCUUGGGAGGAUGUGUGAAAUAUACAUGUUUUUAACACUACAGGGACAUGGCCUGUGUCCUCAUGAAGUAGGUUUUGUCAGGUUUUCCUACCUUUUUGAGGACUUUUUUGGGCUAUACACACACACACACACACACACACACCCCUGCACACACACACACCCCUACACACACAUACACACACACAGACACACACCAACCACAGAAAGUGUGUCAACCCAUCAGAACGAGGCUCUAAAGGCUGACGCUUGACCUGAGCUCGCUCUCCCCUGCGUGGACGUGGCACACUCCACUGCCAGGCUGGACUGAAUGCAAGACAAUAGAGACUGAACAACUGAACGCUGCCUAACGACCUCGCUUUACUGGAGGAGUCCUCAACCUCUCCGGGAACUGUGCCUUUACACUUCACCACGCCAGGGAUUUCUGACUGUAACGCUUGUGCAAGCUCGCUGGACUUCAAGAGACAAAUGAAUAACAAUAAUAAUAAAACAGAUGGCGACUUUGAACGGGGGGCUGACAGCCGUUCUUGGUUCAUGACAUUCAAACUUGUAUAUAGAGGAUAUAUACAAGUAUAUAUUCGUGGUAUACGGUUUUUAAAGUAAAUCACAAGCCCCGACACAAGUAUAUAUUGAAAAUAAAUAGCAAUAAAAUGUGUACAUUUUUUAUAUAAAAUCAAUUAAUUCAGGGAUUAGUUUACCUGGCGGAUCUUUACUUUCCUUGUCAACAGACUGUGCUGCGACGCGGAUUAAUUUCAAACUGUGUUUAUGGCCUCUUAGCAAGUCUGUCAAUUCACUUUCUGUCUGUUUGUUUCCUACAAAUCGCAUUCUGUCUGUUUGUUUCCUACAAUUCACAUUCUGUUUGUUUGUUUUCUACAAAUCGCAUUCUGUCUGUUUUCUACCUUUACCGGUUUUAAUGCAGCGGCUACUGGCUGUUUGGAUGAGGCAGACACAGUCAGAUCGGGAACUAGCGUUUCUUGACUAAAUUCGCUCUCAAGGAAAUCUGAGUAAAAAACAUAGAAAUUUGAAAUGAUUUCAGACAUUUUAUAGUUGUUAUAAAGCACGUAUAGGCGGCAGUAUUGUUUGAAUACCCCGAAGCGCAGCCCCGUCCUGAAUUUCAACAGCACAGGAACGUAAGCAGACACGUUCUAAACUAGUCCUGGUAAGCGUGGACAAAAAUAAAUCUCACGCUGAGUAUACCCACGCUAGCAGUGUCUGGGCUGUCUGUUUUGUAUUAUGGAUACCAAUAUGAAUAAAAUGUGCUGAAGUGAGUCUGGUGCCGAAGUUUCCUUUUAAAAUGCAAUUGUUCUGAUGCAGUUUGUAACAUACCAUGCAUAAAAGAAAAUCCUUAUUACUGCAAUGCGUACUGCAAUUGUUAAAAUCGUUCAGAGAUUUGAUUGAGUAGACCUCAUUCUUUCUAUAGUAUUUUUUGUUAUUUUUCAGCAUAAAGAAACAUGAUGUAUGUAUGUGAUUGGUAUGUGUACUGUGUCCUUCAAGCAGGUAUUAAAACACAGCUUUGACUUCCGCCUCCCAAGCCCCUCUGUUCAAACACGUCUGGAGUUUGUGUUGUGAAAGUUCCAAGGUGUUUUUGUUGCUUCUUGUCAAGCCCAUCCAUUAAAGAUGGUUGUAUACACUGCAAGUCACGCAAUAUUAAAGAUGGUUGUAUACACUGCAAGUCACGCAAUAUCUAAUCAGAUGCUUAACUAAUUGAAAUGGGCAACUAAUUGAACCUUUUUUUUAAAGCCAUUAUGAACUCCAGUGCUCUGGGUGAUAUUUAUGUAAAGGGAACAUUGACCUGAAACAGCUUGCUGAACUGUCAAACUUUGGAAACAAGCGUUCAGAAACUUUUGUGUUUUGUAUUUUAAAAAUAAAAUAUCUAUUGGCAAGCGAA